AUGUCAUCUCUCUUCAAAUAUUCUGCGGUUCUGCGGACCAUCAAGGCGCAUGAGCACUGUCACAGAUUGAAGAAAGAGAAGAAGAAGAUAUUCAAGUAUAGAGAGACAGAUCAUAAGACAUAUUAUAAUUAUAGAAAUAAUAUGAAUAGCAUCACUUAUAAGAGAUUGAAAAAGAAGAUACAGGAGCUGGCAGAGAAGAAGAAGAUUGAGACCUUAUUCAGGUCUCAAAUGCACUUCAUGAUUCAGAACAUUGAGAAGACAGCUCUGCUCUCUGAGCAUGUCAAUCUGCUUACUGCUAGGGUGGAAUCUGAGACAGCAGAUCAGAAAAUGCAGGAUUUUGAGAUGCAGGUUGAUCUGGCUAAGAAGAAGCAGUGA